AUGUCUGGAGAUUUAAAUCUGGAUGAAAUCAUCAACAGAUUAUGGAACUAUGAGAUGCUUGAAGAAUAUAUUAUCUGUCAAUUAACAAAUAAAGCUAUUGAAGUUAUGUCUCAAGAACCUACUGUUUUAACUCUUUCAUUACCAUGUACUGUCUGUGGUGAUAUUCAUGGACAAUUUCACGAUUUAAAAGAAUUAUUUUCUAUUGGUGGAACUCCCCCACAAACACAUUAUAUAUUUUUAGGGGAUUAUGUUGAUAGAGGACAUUAUGGUUUAGAAUGCCUUCUUUUAUUAGUUGCAUUAAAAUUACGUUUUCCUCAACGUAUUUCUUUAUUGAGAGGAAAUCACGAAUGCUCACUUCAAACAAGAGACUAUGGUUUUUACGAUGAAUGUAUGAAAAAAUAUGGAAAUGUUAAUGUUUGGAAACAUUGUGUUGCUUUGUUUGAGUUUAUGGCUACUGCGGCUACUUUAGAUAACGAAAUAUUUUGUGUUCAUGGUGGUCUUUCUCAAACAGCAACUGCAUUAGAUGAUAUUAAAAAAUUAGAACGUUGUAAACAAAUUCCACCAACUGGAGCAUAUUGUGAAUUGUUGUGGUCUGAUCCUGAUGAAAAUCAGUUAGAAAAAUUCCAUAAAUCAAGUCGUGGAGCUGGUUGUAUGUUUAACGCAUUAGCUGUCCAAGAAUUUAAUCAAGUCAAUAACACUAAAUUAAUUUGUCGUGCACAUCAAUUAGCCCAAGACGGUUUUCAAUGGUUCUUUAAUAAUACUUUAGUUACUGUAUGGUCUGCUCCCAAAUAUUAUUAUCGUAUGGAUAAUGUUGCUUCAAUUAUGGAAAUUGAUACUCCUACGAGUUAUAGUUUCAAAGUAUUUGAAGCAGCACCACAAGAUCCAAAAGGUUUUGUUAGUAAAAGAAAUUUACCAGAAUAUUUCAUUUAA